AUCUCAAUCCCAAUUCUGGCUUCAUCCUCCACCGCUUUUUGGAAUGACUUCUUCCACCACUCAACUUCUAUCUUUGAAGCCAUCAAUAUAGUCGCUGCAAUAUGGCCUCAGAUACUCGUAGGCCUCAGACCGAGUAUGGCGGCUCUCGUCCACCCAUGUCACGCUUCUUGGAGGGGUCUAUGAACGACCGAGUCAGCGCUACACCGCCGCCACAAUAUCUCGGCCCUGAGGAGUUAAGGGAAUAUGAGAAGCAGUUCUACACUGACAGGCCUAUGCCACAAAGCGAGCCGCGCAAGCCGCGCCGCCACCGGCCCUUCUCCGAGAGCAGUGUGCCAGAAACCAACGAACAUGACCGCAUCAUAACCCAUAGAAAAUCUACCAGUUUCUUCGAACGUGUCCGUGAGGCAUUGAGAUGGACCUCGUCUUCUCGCAGCAGUACGAGCUCCCACAAACAGGACUCUGUGAGAAAGCACACCAGCUUGCAGGAAGUACCGCUCUCUCCAAGAUUGGACAAUCUUCGAGCGGCUAAGUCACACCCCGAGAUACCUUACCACAAUCUUCCGGAGCUGCCCAACUUCGGCAGUGGUGCUAACCGCCCGACCCGGGAGGAUGUCAUGCAAUCGUACAGCCAAUUGAUGGCUUCUGGAUUCUUCCAGUCACAUGCCAUACAAUCCACUCGCCACGCCGGCCCAGGAGCCCGCGACGAUAAGCGUCGUCCGAUACCACAAAUGCCUACAAUCCCGGGCUCCGCGCCUUGCACUCCAAAGACUCCACGUAUCUCAUCUAUAGAAUUUGUCGAGUCACCGAACUCAUUCCAAAGUCCGACUAAAGCAACUCGACGAGAACGAACAGUCAUGAGACUAGAGCCAGAGCAUGAGCAUGAGGACGAGCUAUAUCAUGCAGUUAAAAACAAUAAUUCUCGCCAUAACUCUCUUCGUGGCCGUAAGCGAAAUCGAGUAGACACGGAAGAAGUGGGAAGUCCCGAAGUACCAGGAGCUACAACAUCAUCAUCCUUUGCCCAGCCACUUAAGAGAGUGGCCAAGAAGCUACGCAAGAUGCCGUCUUCGGCCAGAGAUGUGGAGAUGUCAGAUGCCAUGGUCAGCCUACCGCCUUCAACGUCUGUCGGCGGUACAAUGUAUCUUAAGGAGAGACCGGUGCGUAUGCGCGAGCCCUCCCCGACACCGCCGGGGGUUAGCAACAGACGCACCGACUACCAACAUCAUGGACAUUUUCAGCCCAAGCCACGCAGGACGCUCUCGGGCAGCAGCAAGGGAGAAGGUAACAGGCUUAGAAAGCGUGGCAAGUCAGGCUCUCAUCGAUCACGAGAUCUGGGAUUUGAGACUUGGGAGAUGGAGGGUGAACGCCGAUCCUCGGAUAGCAUCCAUCAAGAUUCGACGUCGAUGAGCGAAGCUGAAGCAGCGCAAGAGUUGGCUCGAUCUCGAGAAGCUACAUCCCUACGCAUCGUACCUGACGUAAAUCGUGGUAUCCCCUCAGUCCCACGUAUCCCAGAUCAGUACCACUUCUACCACAAACCGAACUCUCACUACGAUUUCGAGAAUGAAAAUGAGAACGAGAAUCCGGAGUGGAGAUUUGGUGAAGCCUUAUAAACAGAAAUUGCUGCAAACAACCGAAUAGUAAGAGGAGGAACAUAGCCGGAAAACAGACGACGGCGGUGAUAUUUUGACUUUCUGGAUUCGUUGUUUUUAUGAAUUAUGACGACCGCUUACGAGAAAGCAAGUACGAAAGGAAAGCACGGCGUUUGCUUCGACAUCAUUCCGGAUGGAUAUAUCC